AUGGAUCAAAUAGAGGAAGAGCGCAAGAUAAUCCAAAUAGAAAUCAAAUACACCACUGAAAUCCACAAAAAUGUGCCCAUCGAUCUCAAUGGAACUGUACUCAAGUUCCAGGAGACACUCCAGGAACUGCUCAAGGUCCCCAUUGAGAAAUAGAAGAUUAUGAUCAAGGGAUCCCUCUUGAAAAAGGACCAGGACAUUUCAAAAUUGAAUCUCAAGAAUGGACAACAAAUCAUGGUCAUGGGAGCACGGGAAGAGCAUCUUUUAAAUUUGAAAUAGGGCAAGAAAAUUUUUGAAGAGGAUCUCACUCCAGAAUAGAAGGCCAUUCUAUUGAAGGAGAAAGCAGGGAUUGUUCUACCAAUAGGAUUGGUCAAUUUGGGAAAUACUUGCUAUAUGAAUGCCUCAAUUUAAAUUUUGAGAAGAGUCAACGAGUUGAAUGAAUACGUCAAGAGCAACACAAAGCAAGGACAGGGAUCAAGUGUCAAGUUUUUUAAUGCAUUAAAGGAUGUCUUCCAAAAACUUGAACUCAAGGGCGAACCAUUUAAGCCUUAGAAUUUUCUGGCCGUUUUCUUCUAGUUGUAUCCAGAGUUCGCUUAAAGGGACAACCAAAUGCAACUCAAGCAACAAGACGCUGACGAAUGCUUUUAAAACAUCCUUUAGACCAUUUAACCAUUGACCGCCUACGAGAAUGAAGAGGGAAAGGUAAAAAACCUAAUCCAAGAACUCUUUGAAAUAGAACUGGAAUCAACAAUUGAGAAUCAAGACAUACCAGAUGAACCAAAGAAGGUGGCUAUCGAGAAGGGAAGAAAGUUAAUGUGUAUUAUUGACAAUCAGAGCAAACCAGUCAACACAUUGGUGGAAGGUAUUACAGUGAGUUUGGAAGAGCAGAUGGAGAAGAUCUCUGAGACUGAUCAAUAGACCCAUAUCUAUAAGAAAACACAAAGGAUUAGUAAAUUGCCUAGUUAUUUAUUAUGCCAGAUGGUUAGAUUUUAUUGGAAACAAGGAGUAUAGGGCAAGGAGGGAGUGAAGGCCAAAAUUUUGAGAAAUGUGGCAUUCCCAAAGAUUUUAGAGUUAUAUGAUUUCUGCACUCCAGAAUUACAACAAGUAUUGCAAGCUGGAAGAGAUUAUGAAAAAAAGAAACUGUUGGAGAUGGCUGCCAAGGAAACAGAUGAGUUGGAACAAUUCAAAAAGGAUUUAGAGGCAUCUGGUAAGAUGGUGCCUGAUGAUACCAGAGAAAUCUACAAGCAAUUUAAGGCCAAAAAAUUACAAGAGGAAAUCAAGAAUCAUGAUGAUUAGUUGUAUAGAAAACAUGGAUAUGGAUUGGAUACAGGAAAUUACGAGUUGAUUGGAGUUUUAACUCAUACUGGAAGAGAGGCUGACUCUGGACAUUAUAUGGCUUGGGUGCAUCAUUCAGGAGAUGAUUGGAUAUGGUAUGAUGAUGACAAGACUGCAGAGAGGAAAAUUGAAAAUAUUUUGGAUUUGAGAGGAGGUGGAGAUUGGCAUAUGGGUUAUUAUCUGCUGUAUAGAAAAUUAGAAAUUGAGUGA